UGUUGAGAGUACUGCUCUAAGGCUGAUCACAGCUUUGGGCAGCUCUGAAGUCCAACCACAGUUUACACGAUUCCUCAGUGAUCCCAAAACAGUUCUUUCAGCAGAAUCAGAAGAGCUCAACAGGGCUUUGAUCCUAACUCUAGCAAGGGCAACACAUGUCACAGACUUUUUCACAGGCUCUGAUUCAAUCCAGGGAACUUGGUGCAAGGAUAUAUUGCAGACUAUCAUGAGUUUUACUCCACAUAACUGGGCAUCACAUACACUAAGCUGUUUUCCGGCUCCUCUGCAGGUGUUCUUCAAGCAGAAUAACGUACCUCAGGAAAGCCGCUUUAACUUGAAGAAGAAUGUGGAAGAAGAAUACCGAAAGUGGAAGUCUAUGACCAAUGAGAAUGAUAUAAUUACACACUUUUCUAUACAAGGAUCACCCCCACUUUUCCUUUGUCUCCUAUGGAAGAUGUUGUUAGAGACUGAUCAUAUUAAUCAAAUUGGCUACAGAGUGUUAGAAAGAAUUGGGGCCAGAGCUCUGGUGGCACAUGUCAGGACAUUCGCAGAUUUCUUGGUGUAUGAAUUCUCUACCUCUGCAGGAGGCCAGCAGCUCAAUAAAUGUAUUGAGAUUCUCAAUGAUAUGGUGUGGAAAUACAACAUUGUAACACUGGAUAGGUUGAUUCUGUGUUUGGCUAUGCGUAGUCAUGAAGGAAAUGAAGCUCAAGUCUGUUACUUCAUAAUUCAGUUACUCUUACUGAAGCCUAAUGAUUUCAGAAACAGAGUGAGUGAUUUUGUGAAAGAGAAUUCUCCGGAGCACUGGCUACAGAAUGACUGGCAUACUAAGCAUAUGAGUUAUCACAAGAAAUAUCCUGAAAAGCUGUAUUUUGAAGGCUUGGCAGAGCAGGUCAAUCCCCCAGUUCAGAUCCAGCCGCAGUACCUACCAAUUUAUUUUGGAAAUGUAUGCCUGCGCUUUCUGCCAGUGUUUGACAUUGUAAUCCAUAGAUUUCUGGAAUUGCUUCCAGUGUCCAAAUCACUGGAGACUUUAUUGGAUCAUCUGGGAGGUUUAUACAAAUUCCAUGACCGACCAGUGACUUACCUGUACAACACUCUUCAUUAUUACGAGCUGCAUCUCAGAGAGCGCACGAACCUCAAGCGAAAACUUGUUCAUGCCAUAAUUGGCUCUCUCAAAGACAAUCGCCCGCUGGGCUGGUGUCUGAGUGAUACUUAUCUAAAAUGUGCUAUGAAUGCCCGAGAAGAAAAUCCAUGGGUUCCUGAUGACACUUACUAUUGCAAGCUCAUUGGAAGACUAGUAGACACUAUGGCAGGCAAAUCACCUGGUCCAUUUCCAAAUUGUGACUGGAGAUUCAAUGAGUUCCCUAACCCAGCUGCCCAUGCUCUCCACGUCACCUGUGUGGAGCUCAUGGCUCUGGCUGUUCCCGGGAAGGAUGUGGGCAACGCGCUACUGAAUGUUGUGCUGAAGAGUCAGCCCCUGGUGCCAAGAGAAAAUAUCACAGCUUGGAUGAAUGCAAUUGGACUAAUUAUCACAGCCUUACCAGAGCCAUACUGGAUUGUUCUCCAUGAUCGCAUUGUGAGCGUCAUCAACAGUCCCAGCUUGACAUCAGAGACUGAGUGGGUUGGUUACCCAUUCCAGCUGUUUGAUUUCACAGCAUGUCACCAGUCUUACUCUGAGAUGAGUUGUAGCUACACUUUGGCUCUGGCACACGCUGUCUGGCAUCAUUCUAGCAUUGGACAGCUUUCUCUCAUUCCUAAGUUCCUCACAGAAGUAUUGAUACCCAUAGUGAAAACAGAGUUCCAGUUACUCUACGUUUACCACCUUGUUGGUCCUUUUCUACAACGGUUCCAGCAGGAGAGGACACGAUGCAUGAUAGAGAUUGGAGUGGCAUUUUAUGAAAUGCUCCUGAAUGCAGAUCGCUACAGCUCACACCUGAACUACAUGGAUCCUAUAUGUGACUUCUUGUAUCAUAUGAAGUAUAUGUUUACAGGUGACAGUGUGAAAGACCAAGUUGAGAAAAUAAUUUGUAAUUUAAGACCAGCUUUGAAACUUCGGUUACGCUUCAUAACACACAUCAGCAAAAUGGAACCAGCUGCUGUUCCACAACAACCUCUCAAUAAUGGGUCACCAGCUCAACAGCCCAGCCAAGUGCCUGUUAAUGUUACUUUGCCAGUAACACAGUGAAACGCAGUGUCCCACCAGCCUUGAUGUCAAGGGUUCCUUCUGUUUGAUCAAGGUGAAACACCAUCUGAUCUGAAAUCUGGUAUGCUCUACAAAAGGAAAGAGAACCAUGUACAGAUUUUAGCUUCAUUUUCUUUUGCAUAAUGAAGCUGUCUUAAUGGCAUGCAUGCCAAUCUCCUUACCUAUUUAUAUCAGACACUAGAUGAGGUAUAUUUUGCCUUUCUCUGAAAGCACUCAGUAAAGAUUCUCUGCAAGCAAAUACAUGGAUUUCUGAAGAUUUUACAAUAUCCUGCUGCCUA